AAAUCUCUCUCUUCAUUUUUCUGUUGUCACUUAUUGCAAUGAUUUGGCAACGAAGCCUUGUUUACACUGAAUAUACCGUAUUUAACUGUCAAUGAAAGAUGUUGUGGUGUCUAAUUACCGAACCCAAUGGUACUGUCCAUGAAUUAAUCCUAGAUCAUGACGCAAACGGACUUGACUGCCUCGAAAAGGUUUGCAGUCGCCUUCAUAUCGUGGAAAGGGACUAUUUCGGUCUUCGACAUAAAGAUGCAGUGAAUGGUGUUGAAUUUUGGUUGAACCUUCGAAAUCCUCUAUGCCACCAGGUCUCGGGAAAAGCCCCAUACCGGCUAAAAUUUGCCCCAAAAUAUUUUGUGAGACCUCAAGAGCUGCAACAGCCAACUACCAGGGACUUGUUUUAUUUCACAUGUCGACAACAGCUCAGAGAUGUCAAGUAUGAUUUUACAAAUGUAGAUUCAAAAACCUUUGCAAAAUUAUUUAGUUUAAUUGCACAAGUUGAGCAUGGAGAGUACAACCCAAACUGUUUACCAGAAUACUCAAGCUUCUUUCCUUGCGAAAAAUGGUGUGCAGAUUUCCAACAACUCGUUGAGUCAAGUCAUUUGGAACUUGAAAAGAUAACAGCAGAUGAAGCCAAGAUUGAAAUUUUACAUAUUCUGUCAAAUCGGCUUGAAUAUGGUGUCGAAACCUUUCAUGUUAACUCUGCAACUGCAAAAAACACAAGCCUUGUUUUGUUGUGUCGACACGAUGGACUGAGAAUUUAUAGAAAAGAGGCAGCGGGAAAGAAAAAGACACACAAAAAAAAGUCUGAGGAUGAAGGCAAUGAUUCAGAGGUUGUUUUAAAGGAAAACACAGUUGUUGACAAGAAGCAACCAAAGUCUCAAGUGCAGCUCCUGCAAUUCAUUCCUUAUGAAGAAAUUUCCACUGUGUCAUAUAAAGGCAAGCUGUUCACUAUUUCUUAUGGAGAUAUUUCCUCCCACAAUCAAAAGAAGCUUGGAUUUAAACUCAAGUUGCAAAAAGAGACAGUCAAUCUGUUUAGAACAUUUACUGAAUUUCAUUCAUUUUACCAAUGCAAAAUGGUCAAAAAAUCUGUCAUGGAAAAGUGCACUCGCAACUCUGUUGGUCGUGUUGCUUCGUUUUUCCGACCAAAUACAAAAAUUGGUCGGCAAUACUUGUUUGAUGUUGUGAAGACAAGACGUCAAGCAUACAAUGCUGCAUGGAUGGAACUAAAUGCUCCUGACAAGCGGAGGCAGUCUUCCUUUUAUUCAAGUGAACGUGCAUUUGGAAGAAAGGGAAAAGUGGUUGAUAGAUUCAAAGACCAGAGAAUGUGUCAAUCAGUCAUAAUGAAGCGCAAGCCAGCAAGAUUGUUCAUUGAAAGUGACAGUAGCAGUGAAGAUGACAUUGCCUCUUUCCAUCCAUUUACAAUGAAGAGAAAGAAGAUUACCUCUGAUAUAAAAAAAAUUGCAGAAUUUUCAGAAGAGCAGCUACGUGACUUUGUAAGAACACUGCAGGAUUCACGCACUUGUCAGGUAUGCAUGGACUCCGAGGUCUCUACUGCAUUCUGCCCAUGUGGUCAUGUUGUUUGUUGUGUUCAGUGCUCUGCUUUGGUGAAGGAAUGCCCGCUUUGUCGAGCUCACAUCACUUAUGCACAAAGGGUGUUCUUUUCUUGUGAGCAGCAAAGUUUUUGAGAAUUUCUUCACUGCAUCGUUUUGUAUCACAGACAUAUCAAAGAACCCCAAUGUAGAUGUUCUGUGAAAACUAUUUUCGACUAAAAAGUGAUAUUGGAAAAAGAUGGGUAGCUAACAUAUAGCUUGAAAUGGUGGGCUAUCAGCUGCAGAGAAGUGGAGCUUUGUAACUGUAAGCAGUGGUGCCCAACGUGGCUGAAUUCCUGGAAAGUGGUACAAAUUGCUGUUUUAAGCAUCUGGCUGGAGAAUAUGUUGAUAUUGUAAAACAUAAAAAGAUCUAAAAUACAAUAAAUUUUGUCUUUUGAUUAGCACCAGAUUUACAACUGUAAACAGGUUUGUGGGUUUUGACCUUCAUUCCUUAGUUGUUAUUAGCUAACUUAGUUGUGUUAUUGCCGGUAUAUUGAUAAGACGGUUACAUGAAGUACUUAAUUUCAAUGUUCAGGCUUUAUGUGACUUUUUGUGUAUGUCACUGAAAAGGUUUAUUGUUUAACCAUUUAUGCUCGGAAAUAGAAUAAAAACUUAGUUGUAGGCUCGUUGCCAGUAAAAAUUUUCCUAUUGCCUUGAAGAAUGUUCUUCAACCAAGCAUGUCCUUUAUCUGCACCACAUAACCUUCAGCCGGCAUACCGUUUUACUAGAAUUACAUAUCCAUGCAUGUAUAUCAUUUGUCUUUGUUGAUUGUUUGUCAUUUUGUAUUUAUUGCAUUUUGUUGCAAGCUCCGUUGCUGCAUUUUGUUCCUGUUUAUGUUGUUAUUGUCGUAGUCAGCACUUUUGUCUAAGUAAGCAGCUGUGAAGAUUUAUGGAGCUUUAAUGCUACACCAUUUAUUCCAAAGCAUAUAUUCCAGAAAUGUCUUUUAUAUUAAACAAGAUAUCACCACAAGAACAGCUGCCAUUUAGCAAUUAUAUUUCUUUCGUUUGUUGUUAUGCCAAUUCUGGAAAACUCAUGUCCGUUCACUCAAUAAAUGGAAAUUCCAGUUUUAGUCCAUCUGGUGAGCGGUUUGGCAUUUGAAAUGAUUUGACUGCAUCAUCUUUACAUUUACACAUAUUCGCUAUUUUUAUACGAUUUGAAAAAAGUAGAAUUUAGUUAUCCUUAUCUUAAAUUGAUGUUAUUCUUGUCUCUGUGUGUCAAUGUUGUCCCUGUCCUUGUUCCCAUUGUGCAAUUUUGUAAUUUUGUCGCAAGCAUGUCGUUACAUGUUGUUGUAAAUUCGAUAAAUAUGGCUGCUAUUAUUUGAUUUUAGCACAUUUUGAGCUCUUAUCUAUCCCCCAUCGUCUAUGACAUUUGUGCUAUUUGUUUCAAUAACACAAGAAAUAAUUUAGUUUUCUACCAGGGGCAAGGUUCCAAUUGCUGUUUUCAGGAGAGUUUGAAUAUAGUUUAGAUACUUUUGUUUGGAGGAGUUGAAACAAUUGAAUAGCAGGUUAAAAAGCAUAGAAAAUAUAUAGUUUGCUAAUACUGUGAACAUUAGGUCAUUUGUACCAUUGACCCCUUCCUUAGGCCCAUUGUUCUUUUGUACUUUUGGUAUACCACCAGUUCGUAUGAAGAACUCUACUUACUAUACGAUUAUGUUAAUCUCAUUUGUAAAUGUAUUGCCUCCGUUCCCAUUACUGAUACGAACUCAUAAACACUGUACAUUGUUGAAAAUUGUUAUGUCUUUUAGGAGAGCGUGGGGCCUCGUCUUUGUUGUAAUCCGUUGUAGACUGUUGCAGAAGUAAUGCUCGUUGCUUUGAAAACCAAGAUUUUCUCCGUUCUAUCAAUAUGGUAUUGUAAGUGGGUUUUAUGUCAAUUUGCCCUGUUGGGUCAUGCAAAAACUUAUUUCCAGAAGGAAGUAUUGUUACUCCUCUCCUGUGCUUGACCCCCGCUCCCCUAUUUUAACGAGUUCAUAAACAACCCCAAUAAGAUGUCAAUUUCAUUUUACUAAAAAAGUUGAACCUUGUUUGGGGUUCUCAUCUAUAUAAACAUUUAUAAUAUUCACGCCUUUAUUUUAACGUUUGUUUGAAAGUAAUGGAUUUUAAGAAUUUUAUUGAGAUAACUUUUCUGAGGUUGAGAAUUAGCAGGGUGCCACGGUUGUUUACUUUUCGGCACUUUCUCUCCCUAUUUCAGCCCCCUAAUUCGUCAAUGAAAACCUUUGCCUUAAAAUUCGAAAGGUCUCUGCGACAAUAAUAUGCAGUAAUUCUAGCCAUGUCACCAGCCCCCUGUUCCCGCUUAUGUAAACUGUUGAUUCCCAUCCUCGGAGUUAUUGAAUAAAAAUUUUGGCUCCCUGAAAACGAUGCCAAUUUUAACCAUGCAAGUCCAAAGCAAAAAAGAAAGGCCAUUUUUAUCCCCCUUCCUUCCUCGAAUUGUGCUUUGUAUAUAGAGGUGAUAAACUCCAUUUCUUGACUUGAAAACCCCAGCCUUCAAGUGACGUGCAGCGGGGCUCUAAAAAUACAAUGAUUUUUGUUGCGAAAGUAGUGUAUUUCGAAUUAUCUAAUUACUCGUUCUUUCGCAUAUCAUUUCAAACUUUAGAUAAAAUGUAUAAGAAAUUGAUUAGUUAUGAAAUAGUUGGAAAAAUAUGAAAAGGAAUUUCUCCCUUGAUUCGUAUAUACAUUUUAAUCAUUUUAGGUUCAGUUUUUCAUAGAACUUGAAAAAGUCUA